GACUGACAACUAUGGUUGUGUCUCUCUCUACCACGGAUUCUUGACCCAGAAAAUUUUUCCAUCCAAUUGAGUCCCACGAAAAUGUUCAUCUUAGUGAUGUCUUUUUAUUUAUUUGUGGGCAGGGGUGCUGCUCAAAAAAAAAAAAGUGAGGAGAAGUCUAUGGUGCUGUGAACUCUCAAAGGAUAGUUAUGGUUAAGCUUUGUUCGAUGGCUUCUCACGUGCAUCCUCCUGGUCUUGCUAUUGUUGUUCACCAAGAUCAGAAAAGGGUUAUCAAGAUUGUAAUACAUGCAUGGUGAAUUAAGUAAAACACACACUAACUCGUACACGCCCACACACCACAAGGACACCAGAGAGGAGUUUUUACUAGGUGGAGGAAGAGAUCAGCAUCUGGACCUCUCGCCUCCGCCGAUUUUCAGCCCUAUUUACCUAGUUGGGGAGCAAGACAAGAGAUAACAAGAUCGAGUUCUCUUAUGCUGAAAUUACCUCAGCAUGAACAACCAUGGAGACCCGUGAAUAGGUUCUGCCAGUCUAAUCAGUUUGCCGAGAUUGACUCAACAGUGAAAAUGCAUAUACUCAUUGAGCAAGAUGCUCGCCUAGACUCUGUCCUUUUUAUCUUUGGGAUAGUUGAAAAAUGUACAAGACAUGAGAAAAUCUUGCAGUUUCUUAUGUCCAAGUCAAAUAAAUUAGAAAGAGAUGGAUUAGAUUUAUCUUUUCUAUCUGAGUUGACUGGGCUACAAGCAGUGAUGUUUGAUGCACAUCAGCAGUCACAUUCUCCUCUUAUUUACCCAAGUGACCAAUUUGAUUCCCUGAAAUCUCUGGUGGACUUUCUGGGAGAUAUGGCCCACAGUUCAAAACUUAUAGUUCUUCCAGAUGAUCGGGUAUCGCUAACUGGUAGUGGGACGGAGAUGAAGGAUAUCCUCUCUACAGUUGCUGAAUUUUACUUGUCUAGAAACACAACCACGUGGAGAAAACAAUCAAUGCUUGUCCCCCAUUUGAGCAGGCUUGAUACAAGUAAAGUAGAUGCUAACAUUACGGGGUCUUCUCUCAAGGUCAGAGAUGUGACAGCUACUGCUUUGAAGAGUCCUGUGAAAAUCAAGCCAUCCCGAAAAAGGAAGAAUACUAGAAAGGGAGGUAGAGAGAGUGAUCUCUACAGAAGGAACUACUUCAAUGCAUGUGAGAGCCUUCUAUCUUUGAUGAUGGACAGGCGACAUGAGAAAACAGCAGUCUUGUCUCUGAAGAAAUCUGGCCCUGAACUUCCUUUGCUUCUGAACCAGCUCUCUGUUGGCAUUGCUGGGACAGGCCUUGCUCUUCUUUUUUCUGUCAUCUGCAAGGUAGCUUGCAGGAGAGUACCCUUCAGUGCAUGUAAACUGUUCUGCACAGGCAUCGGUUUCGGGCUGGUCUGGCUCUCUUGGGCAGUGAAUAAAUUGAAGGACACGGUUGUUUACAUUAGCAAGCAUGCAAGCAAGGUGGGUCUGAAGGAUAAGGAAAUAAUUAGGAUUGUGGAUAAAAGUUUUCAUGACAUAUACUUCAGAGCUGUAACAGUGAUGGCAGUAGUAGUGCUGAGGCUUGUAUGAGCAUCAAGUGGUGAAGUUGUGAAACAUGCUGCCAUGGAAAUGCCUAAUGGUUUGGAUAAUAUGAUGGGUAGAGAGUGUGUAACUGCAAAUUCUGUAGCAAGUGAUGAUUAAAUGGGCGCAGGUUUAUUGCCAUUGCACGUCAGUCUGCUGUUGCAUUUCAGCUUGAGCAAUAAAUACAGGGAUGGGUCUUCCAUGAACGGAGCUCAUAAUAUGGAUCGCUCUUCUAGUAGAUUCUGUGAUCGAUUUUGUAAAUGAAUGAGAAGUGAAGUGUAAGUCUGUAUCAGAAAGCCUAAAAAAGCCACCGUAGAAAUUUGUUAAUAGAAUUAAAGAGGUCCUAUUUAACGUUGUUAUGUUAGAUAUUAAGUUCAGUGCAAGUGUUGGGUAAA